GCCCCGGGCAAGAAGACCAAUUCUUCCCAGAAAAUGGCUAAUAUGAAUGAGCGCAAUGUGUACUUUGGUACCGACUCGCUGAAAAAAUACUUCAACCCGGACUGUCAGCCUCCUCUACCUCUUGUAGAGCUCCCACCUCAUUUGAACCCUUAUCAUGAAGAUGGGGUGCGGAUAUAUGCCAAAAUGAUGACCAUGCAUCCGGCAAACAAUGUCAAGGCAAUGCCAGCAUUGAACAUGCUCGAAUCUAGCGUUGUUUCCGGCAAGACAGACCAGAUCAUCGAAUACAGCUCCGGGUCAACAGUGAUUUCGAUGUCAAUGGUUGCCCGAGUUAUGCACGGAGUGAAUGAUACCCGGGCCUUCCUGAGUAACAAAACUAGCGACGCAAAGCUGAAGUUGAUGCAAUUCUUCGGUCUCGACAUUACCUUGUUCGGUGGGCCGUCUCAACCAGAGCCAUUGGACGAAAGAGGCGGUAUUCAGAAUGCCCGAAGAUUGGCUCUGGAGUCAGAGACGACUGUCAAUCCCAACCAAUACGAAAACAACAACAACUGGAAGUCCCAUAUCCGAUGGACCGGGCCCCAGAUAUUCAAGCAGCUUCCUGAAAUAAACGUUCUCUGCGCUGGUAUGGGCACUUCUGGUACCAUGACCGGCCUUGGGACCUAUUUUAAAGACGUGAAGCCGUCUGUUUACCGACUUGGUGUUUGCACUGCCCCUGGUGAUCGGGUACCUGGCCCUAGGUCAUAUGCUCUCAUGCGCCCUGUUGAGUUUCCCUGGAGAGCAGCCGUAGAUACCAUCGAAGAAGUCGGGUCGGCCGAGUCCUAUACUCUCUCCCUAAACCUAUGCCGAGAAGGACUGGUCUGUGGUCCAUCCUCCGGGUUCAACCUCCAAGGACUCUUCCAAAAUCUGGCAAAGCGCAAGGUUGCGGGAACUUUACCUGAGCUCGCAGGACCAGAUGGCACAACCCACUGCGUCUUUCUUUGCUGCGACCUGCCGUACCAGUACAUCGAUGAGUACUUUGAAAAGUUGGGCAAGCAACAAUUCCACCCAAUCCGAAACGAGCGCCUGACCAAAGUCGACCUGCAUCGAUAUGAUGAGAGCUGGGAGCGGGAUGCAUUAGAGGUCCUACCGCACUUUUAUGGAUCACCGCAAUCCCUUGCGCAAAGCUUAUUGAACGAGAUUGCCCUUCAACCGCAGAAACGCAUUGUGGACCUGCGCCAGGCAAAUGAUUUUUACACGUGGCACCUCCCUGGUUCGAUGAAUUUGCCAUUGUAUAGUCUUGGGUCUCAUAGCGCGUCACCGUUCUCCGAUCCGGGGUUGUUGGAGGCGCAAUGGGUGGAACUGGAGAGAAUCUUCAACGACGACGUGUUAGUCUCAGAUCUAGGAAGGCAUCACGUUCUUAUGGUAUGCUACGAUGGGGAUUCGGCACGUGUGGCUACCAGCGUGCUUCGGGCGAAGGGCAUCGAAGCAGACAGUGUACGUGGAGGCCACCGUGCGCUGAUGAUGCAUGAAAUCAGGAGUGAGAGCCCGAUCUCCACUACCAAGGGACAUACCAGGGGUAAUGUAUCCAUUGCAGCGAUACCCCUUCAACAGAGGACGUGA